ACAGAGGUGGAGUCAGAGCAGCAAUUGGCCGGAUCUGGACCCCAGGGAGCAACACCACACCCAGCUGAGAGUCUGAGGGUCCAAAACAUUUUCUUCUCCUUCUCUGUUUCUUCUUAUUGGAUCUUAAACUGCUGCAACCUGUUCAAUAGUCAAGAUGAACUCUUACUCGACUCCCUCUCCUCUGACUCAAGCAUCAACUGAUGCUUAUUCAACUGUUUCAGAUCUUGUGACCAAGAUCGGAAAAAAAGAUAUCUACAGCAGCACAGAGGAUUUAGCUGCCUUAAUCGGAGGUAUCAUUACUGUGGUGCUGCUGGUCUUCCUCUGCACCAUCGCCGUUUUGUUGUGGUGUCUGUCCAGACAAAAAGGCUCGUAUGUCACCAACGAGACGGAGGAUGACGAAGAGGAAGACAACGAAGAUGAUGAGUCUGUCGGCUCCGAUGUGGCGCUUCAGUCCAAAGAACCUCUAAAGACGGACAAAGAGGACUGAAGGGGACAAAACAUAACUUCAAUUUAAGGACUACUGAGAUUCAUUUUUUUUAAAAAUAAAAGCAGAAAGAUAAGAAAAUAUUUUAGCAUUUUUUUAAAUAGGCAGCUUAUUUUGUAAACCAGUAAUUGUGCAUCAACCCCUAUAAGACAUAACUGAUUGUACGUCAUUUUCUUCAGUUGUAAUUUGUUGAUUGAUUCACUGUGCAAAUUUACUAUUUUAUUACUUUUUACUCAACAAGUUCACUUAGAGUAAAUCUUGUAUUUGAAUGGGUUAGUUUGAGACUUAUUUGGUUCUCCAGGACAGCAACUUGAAGGAAUCUUUUUUACAGGAACAACAGAGAUAAAUUGUGUGUAAAUGCCAGGAAUGAGAUAAAAUGCUACAGAACUUGGAUAAAGUAAAUCUGGGAAAUGGUUCUCUGAUCAUUUUUAUAUAUUGUUUUUAUACACUGUUUUCUUGAUUUUAAAAAAUUAUUUUAAAACAAAAUAUGUAAAAUUGGUGUGUGACUGUUUUAUUGGUGACACAGAAAAAGAAAGGAGUGAACACUUUCCCUACAAAUAUCUAUAAAAGAAAUAUUUCCACUCA